AUGCUCUUCAGGUUUAGAGAGGCUAAACUGAGUGAGAUGGGAAUGUCUACACGUUUUACUCGCAGGCCAAAAAUGGUUUCACUAGUCACUUCAAUUAGAGACUGUGAACGUUUUAGAGGUGAAAUUCUUAAAGAGAUUAGUAGAAAGGUCGAUAAGAUUCAAGACGCUGGCUUAACAGAUUACGAAGUUAGGGAUCUCAACGAUGAGAUCAACGGUUUGCUCAGAGAGAAAUCAAAUUAUGAAAGGCAAAUAGUUUCACUUGGUGGUGCUAAUUAUAGAAGAGCUGGUGUCAUGUUGGAUGAAUCUGGUAAAGAAAUUCCAGGUACUCGCGGUUACAAGUACUUUGGACGUGCAAAAGAUCUCCCUGGCGUUAAAGAGCUUUUUGAACGUACAGAUAUGGAUGAAGAAGCUGAGGAUGAUAUAUAUAAGCCAUUCACUGAUCAAGGACCUGAUUACUUUGGUGACACAACCGAAUUUAACCAUGAGUUGCUUGAAUACGAACACGAUUUAGAAAAAAAAUCCCAUCAAAACGCAGUAGAGAGAUUGAAAGUAGUUCUAAACACCCCAGACGUGCAAAAUGAAGCGUACAGUCAUCACAAACCGCGACCGCUUCAAGCACUUAUGGAGAUCGCAAAAGAGAACAAGUUGAAUAGCGUUCAUUCCGACUUUAUUGAAGAUGAAUAUCUAGAGCCACCGCGAUUGCCAACAAAGGAAGAGACUGACAAAGCCUUACUUGAUAUACGCAAACAAUCAUUAAUGUCUGAAUACGGAAUUUGA